UUUCAGAAAAACAACACACUCAACGUUAUUGUGAGUAUAGAAGACGAAGUGGAAGGAGGAGGAAAGAAUAAUAUCGUCGAAGUUCCCAUUACAAUUAUCAUAUCAGAUGAAAAUGAUAACUCACCUGAGUUUAUGAACACGCCAUACGAAAUCACCGUUAACGAGGACACGUUGCCAGGCACACAAGUGUUUUCGAAUAUUAUCGUCGCCGAUAAAGACACCACUGGAUCGAAUAUCGAGGUGGAAUGCAUAAAUAUUCCAGAAUAUCCGGAUGCUUGCGAGAUCUUCAAUAUUGAGACGAUCCACUCCGAGCAGAAUUCCUACCAAGGGGCGAUAACUCUCAAAAGAAAAUUAAACUACUCCGAUCGACAGGAAUACGAAUUCGUUCUCAAGACGACGGACGGUGAGUUGACCAGUGAAACUACCGUUCGCAUCAACGUAGGAGAUGUUCAAGAUACUCCUCCGUAUUUCGUUGGGAACUUAACGGCAGAAGUAGAAGAAAACGCUACAAUAAACACAUUAGUUUUGACAAUUCAUGCUGAAGAUGGAGAUAGGGGUGUACCAAGAAAAAUAUUAUACGACUUAGUAAAUAAUCCGAUGGACUAUUUCCUGCUCGAUGCAGUAACAGGAGAGCUGCGAACCGCACGGCCCUUGGAUAAGGAGGCGGUUGAUAAUACCGAUGGCGUCCUGAAUUUAACUAUAAGGGCUCACGAAAUGAUCAACGGAGUUAAAGGUAAUGACCCCUUGACCGUUACAACAGCCCAAGCUUCCAUUAAAAUCAGAGAUGUUAAUGACGAGCCACCAGAAUUCAAUAAGAGGGAAUAUUUGGUGGAAAUUCCCGAGAACAUUCAAGAAGGGUCAGCUCUGCCGGGAUUAGAUAUGACUGUGAAGGAUCCUGACGAGGGAAACAACUCAGCAUUUUCCCUCGAACUCAUAGACAUAUCUGAGGUAUUUUCUAUAGAACCUAAAACCGCAAUCGGAUUCACUCCAGUAACCAUACGAGUAGCGAACAGCUCUCUAGACUAUGAGAACCCUAAUCAGAGAAAAUUCAUAAUCUUGGCAGUUGCGAGAGAACUUUACACCAACGAAAAGCUUUCCUCUACUGCCACUGUAACCAUCACAGUGGCCGAUAUAAACGACAAUGCCCCAAUAUUCGAUCAAGAAAGUUACACGGCUAGUAUAUCGGAAGUUGCUACGCCAGGUACUCUAGUUGCAACGAUCGUAGCUAAGGACAGAGACAGUGGAAGGUUUGGCGAGAAUGGUAUUAUCUAUAAGUUAGGAGGAAGCGGAGCAGAUAAAUUUACUGUUAAUACUCGAACGGGUACUGUUACUGUGGCAUUUUGUGAACAACCUGGAAAACCGCCUUGUCUCGAUUAUGAGUCGAAGUCAGAAUAUCAACUACAGUUUAUGGCUACCGACGAUGAUGGAAAGGGGCAGACUUCAACGGUCCUUCUCAAAAUCUCUUUAACAGAUAGUAACGACAAUGCUCCAGACUUCACACAAUCGGUAUACAGAGCUUUCAUCAAUGAGGGAACAACAAAAUUCAAUCCGGAUCUUAUUGUGGAAGCUGUAGAUGCUGACAAAACAUCCCACGUAACUUAUUCAAUAAUUUCUGGAAAUGAUGAAGGAUUAUUUGGGAUAAUACCAACAACAGGAGUAAUACGGAUAAUGAAUAACAAAGGCUUGAAUGUAACUAAUGACACAGACAAUAUCGUCACACUGACAGUAAUGGCUACUGAUGGCAAAUACACAUCAACAUCUAUUGUGAAUAUUACAAUACUUGAUGUCAACAAUAAUGCGCCCGUAUUCUUGAAAUCUAAUUAUAUGGAAUCCAUUUUGGAAGAUGUACCUGUUGGUUCUUCAAUUGGCGAAGUGCAAGCCACAGAUGCAGACAACGGCGAAAAUGCUGUGGUUGAAUAUUCGCUUCAAAAAGGUGCUUACGAUGAUUUCAUGAUCGAUAAUAGCAGUGGAGUUGUGACAGUAUUAAGAAAACUCGAUUUCGACAGAAGAAAUACGUACAAUAUUGAAAUAACAGCAUCUGAUCACGGUGAACCUAGUUUAACAGGAACCACUACCUUGACGAUUAAUGUGAUAAAUACUAAUGACAAAAUGCCAUAUUUUGUGCCGACAACUCAAACGACCGAGGUAAUGGAGGACGUAUCUGUUGGAACUGUUGUUUACACUUUGAUGGCGUUAGAUCCAGAUGUGAAUACAUCCGAAGCACUCAAUUUUGCUGCAACUGAACCUAUAACAGCCUUGAAUAAAUAUGGUCAGGAAGUAAUAGGUGAUGAUCGAUUCAAAGAAUUUUUUUCGGUUGAUCAAAACACUGGCAAAGUUACUGUUGCCAAUCCACUACUCAGAGAUCUCGCCACAGUUGUUAGAAUAACAGUUCUGGUGACAGAUAUUACUGCACCGACAGUACAACAAGGUCAAGGCUUGUUGGUAAUCACAAUUGGGGAUGUUAAUGACUCGCCACCAAUGUUCUUGCCGCCGUGGACUGCUGAGAAUCCUAUUUACUAUUUGGAGCUGAAAGAAGAACAGCCAGCCGGCACAAUUGUAGCAACUUAUAAAGCGAUUGACGAGGAUUCGGAUAUAGCAGGUUACAUCAUUCACCCCGAGCAUGAGUACUUUCAAAUCAAUAACGGUACGGGUAUCGUUCAACUGAAAAAAAAGAUCGAUUACGAAAAAACUAAAGAACUAAACUUCACAAUAGUGACAUUUGAUACAGGUGUGCCUCAACUUAAUGCGUCUGCAAUCGUUUAUGUAAAAGUCGUCAAUCUAAACGAUAAUGAUCCCAUUUUCUCAGCCAAUGAAUAUAAUGCAAGUAUAGAUGAGAACUCUCCGAAUGGUACAUUUAUUGUAUCUGUUAGAGCUACAGAUAUGGAUGCCGAGGAGUAUGGUGAAAUAAGUUACGAGCUAAUAGGUGAACACAGCAAAAACUUUGCUAUCGAUAAUGAAACUGGAUAUAUUACGGUGGCCAAUUCGAACUUCCUGGAUCACGAGCAAAUCAACGAAACUGUGAUUCAGGUUGUUGCUUCGGAUGGAGCUCCACGCAACGCAAGGAGAUCUGUAUCAGUUCCAGUUAACAUAAAAAUCAAUGAUAUCAAUGAUAAUCCACCAAAAUUCUCCCGGAAAGACUACAACGUAACGAUAAUGGAAAACAUAAGAUUAAAUCCACCAGUUCCUAUAAUCCAAGUUAAUGCUACCGAUGAGGAUUCUGGACUGAACGGGAAUAUUCAUUACAGGAUUAUAUCUGGAAAUGACAAUGACUCAUUUCUGUUGGGAAUCGAAACUGGGAUUCUAUAUCCGCACAAACCUCUGUUUGGUCAAACGAGAGAGUUCCAUUUAUUAGUUGAAGCGAGAGAUGGAGGGGGUAAUGGGGAAUUAUAUGAUCAAGCUACCAUUAAUGUACAUGUUCUGAACGUGAAUGAAUACAGACCUGAAUUUAUCAUGCCAGCUUUGUCAAACGCUACAGUUGAAGUUUUGGAGAAUGCGGCAACCAAAGACUAUCUGGUUAUGACUGUUAAGGCAGUAGAUAAAGAUGAAAACGAAAAUGGAAAGUUAUCAUAUCAUUUCAAAGUUGACGGUGAAAAUGUUCAAGAAACCAGUGAAUUUAUUAUCAAUCCUAUCACUGGUGAACUGAGGACUAAACAAGUAUUGGAUCGAGAGAUGAAACCAAAAUAUCAGUUAAUAUUGGUAGCUAGAGAUCAUGGAACCCCGAAAUGGUAUGAAACAAUUAGACACCUCACUGUUCUUCUGGUAGAUGAAAAUGAUAACAGACCAGAAUUUCCGGGUUCUAAAUCGACGAAUCCAUACCACUUCUUCGUUACAGAAAACAAUGACAAUGAUGUAUUGAUAGGUAGAGUUAAAGCACUGGAUAGAGACGAGGGAAACCACGCCAAAGUGUACUACUACAUCUUAUCGGGUAACGACGACGGUACAUUUCAUCUAGAUCGGUCUGAUGGUGGUCUGUACGCCAAUAAGUCUUUCGAUCGAGAACAAAAAGAGGAGUACGAUCUGCUCGUCAUAGCGAAUAACGAUCCAAACUUCCUUAUCGCCUCCGAUGAAGCUCAUCUCGACGACACUGAUAGGAGCAUUGCGAAAAUCAAAAUAACCAUCAACGACCUCAACGACAAUCCCCCGAUUUUCGAGCAGAGCAUUUAUUACGCCGCUGUUAACGCGAUGGCGAGCAUUAACGACUUUGUUACCAAUAUCACGGCUUUCGAUCCCGAUUUUGGACUGAACGGAUCGUUGACUUACUACAUAAAAGCCACUAAUUUAUACAAAUUCAAUUCAAAUAGGAGUUCUGGUUCGAUAAUUCCCUCUCCUUUCAACAUAAGUGAUAAGGGUGAGAUAUGUACCGCUACUUAUCUCGCGGAAAAUAAUCAGCAUAGGUUCGUGAUCGAUGUUAUUGCCAGGGAGAAUGCUUUUCCAGAGAGAGAAGCGAAUGCCAAAGUAUAUGUUUGGAUAUUUGAACCUGAACAGCUGAUAAGAGUGAUUUUGUCAAGACCGAAAGACGAAGUUCUGAAGGAAAGGGAAGAAAUCAUUGCUGAACUCAGUAACGCAACUCAGAGUUUGGUCAUCAUUGAUGAAAUCAGAUACCAUAUUGAUGAUAAUGGCGUAAAGAACGAAGAAUGGUCUGACUUAUAUAUUCUCGUGGUGAACCACAAAACUCAAACAAUUCUUCCCGUACCUGAAGUUUUGAAAACCAUUGACUCAAAAUAUGACUUUCUCAAGGAUUAUUACGCCGGAUUCGCUAUUGAGAAUGUUGUUCCUGCUUUUAUGACAGAAAAAGCUGAAACAUUUGAUCCUGCACUAGUAGCAUUGAUAGCUCUACUUAUUGUACUAAUAGUUGGAAUCAUCACGUUCAUCAUAAUUUGCUGUUGCUUGAGACACUGGGUUAUAUCACCAACUGACCUAAAGAAAAAGGAUGCUCUGAUCAAGAAAGCGAUCAUUGAUGACUUAAACACGACAGAGAAUCCAUUGUGGAUAGAACA